UUGUUUUCCUGGCCAUUCAUCACGCUUUAUUCCUUGUUCCUAGACCGCCAUGUCAAGACCACCUUCCCCACCCUUCUUAAGUGGACGCUCGUUCCCCGCACCCUUUGAGAGGUUUCUACGCGAGCCCGAUGUCUCAGACUGGGCAAGCGCGUUCACGCUUUUGGACACGAUCGAGACGUACUUCGACUCCCAUGUCGACCUGUGGCAGCGAAAACUGCAGGCGCAGAGUGAGCGCCUCAAGCUCAAGGCCGAGGAGACGUUCAAGAUCCGUGACCUUUCCGCCGGCGACCUGCUCAAGACGCGCAUUCGCGAUCUGCGAGAGCGCUCGAGCGAGGGGCUGGCCGUUGACUUCGACAAGGAGAUGAAGAACUUUAAGCUCAAGAUCCAACAACGGAUGACGCGCCUCUCCGCCUCGUGGCACUCGACCAAGGUCGUCCGCACGCGCGAGAAGGUCUCGUUCUUCGUCGGUGUCAUGACCGUCCUCUUCUCAGCGUUGAUGUUUGGCAUGGCACCGCAGUACGUGCCCCUUGCGUACACGAUCGGUUCGGCCUACCUCAUCCCCCUCCGCUGGUACAAGUACAAGCAACGCGCAUGGCAUUAUUUCCUCUUCGACCUCUGCUACUACGUCACCAUCCUCAACUUCAUCUUCCUGUGGCUCGCGCCCUGGAGCCCGGCGCUCUUCGUCGCGUGUUACUGCCUCAGCCACGGAAGUCUGGGAAGUGCGGUUAUCACUUGGCGCAACUCGCUCGUCUUUCACGAUCAGGAUAAGGUCACUAGUCUGUUCAUACACAUCUAUGGCCCAUUCACAUUCACGGUCAUACGACAUUUCUACCCUGGCGCGGAGGAACGAUACCCAGCGCUGAAGGAGCUGCCCCAUCUGCACCCGCUCAAGGCUAUCUUGCUUAGCGGGGGGAUCUAUCUCAUCUGGCAGGUCCUGUACUGGAAGCUCGUGUUGAUAGACCGCCGCGAGAAGAUCGAGUCCGGGCAGCGCACAACCUCGUUCUCCUACUUCCUCAACGACCGCCGCAGUGCUAUUGGCCGCGCCCUUGCCAAUGUCCCCCAAGCAUAUCGUGAACUAGCGUUUAUGGGUGGUCAACUUCUGUACACCAUAAUCACCAUCCUGCCAGCCAUCUGGCCGCUAUACGAUAGCCCGAGAUGGAGUGGCGCGUUCCUGAUCAUGAUCUUCGCGGUUAGCGUGUGGAACGGUGGCGGGUACUACAUCGAGGUCUUCGGCCGCAAGUUCGAGCGUGAGCUCGAGGCCCUGCGCAAGGAGCUGGCUGAGAGCAGCGCUAGCAGUCACUCUUCUGGGUCCACGCGCGGGGACAGCGACGACGACGAGAUGGCCUCGUAUAAUGGAUCGACGGUCUCAACACCGGCUAUCCAGGCCAUGGACCUUCCACCGACGAAGUCAGAGCCUGCGAUCUCGAACGGGCAGACUACCGCCACGGAAGCCCUGAACGCGGCGGUGCAAAGGCCGUCGGCGGCGACGAUCAAGAUGGCCGGUGGCAAUUUGUCAGAGCCAACGCUCGGGACCUCGACACCGCCGCUGACGGAGCGUCCGGCGAACAAUGUGCAUGCCACAGAUGAGACGAGGGCGAAGGUGGAGUAAAGUUAUGUGGGAUGGAUCUGGUUAUCUGGCCCUUGGAAGAUCUUAAAAGGAUUGUACGACUAGAUGGUUUGGAUUUCUAGCACACACUUAUAUGCAUUCAUGUUUUUACGAUUUGUUUCGGGGUCUAACGGGGCUGUUGACCUUUUCCCAGUCCACGACAAGGCCAAGGCCAACUAGACGGCCACGUCGUCUUCUGGCUUUAUACACGACCUGUACACGACACCUUUCUCUUUCAUGGACUACAGCCUAUCCUUACUUUACGCGCUCUCUAGUCUUCUACGACAGUACGCGCUUGCACUUGAUGUUCUUGUAAUGAUCCUUACUGUGUUGAUAAUGUACGGUGGACGAGAGGUGUUAUGCAUUAGCGUAGGCGAGCGUGAAGCCAGCGUCAAGAUAAAUCAGAUUGGG